AUGGAUGCGUUAGAGAGUUCAUCGACGGUAUAUCGCACUGAGAGCGAAGGCAGCACGACAAGCGAAGACAGAGAAGGUUCUCUACGAGCCUACUUAGAGAAGGAGUCACUAGGGCAUUUAACCGCGCUGUUUCCAGACGAUGUUUCGCUCAACUAUUUUCAAUCAUUAACAGAGGACGACUUAGAGCAUGAUUACAACGUGAAAGAUGACAAAGAAAGAGAGCUUUUAAUGCAUUCCAUAGUGAAAUUGCGAGAGGAAUUUUCAGCGUACGAGGUGAGACUUCAAUGACACAGACACAAAUUUUGUUCUAUUCAAAUUUGUCCUAUCUCUAAUUAUUUGCGCGUUACUUUUGGCCAAAUUUCCCGGAGUCAAGCAAUUUUUGAAGUUGUAAUUUUUUUUUUAAAACCUCCAACUGCGUUCCCAACAGAUAUUUUUUUCAAAAGUUAUUGUGUUGUUUUCGUCGCGAAGACAGUCGCAUGUUAUUCAGGGCCGCUGGCAUCAAAGGAAACAGUGAAAAAUAUAAAUUACCACGAGGCACCUUUCGACUAUUACACGCAUCUUUUUUAACAUCCAGACGUACACUUGGAGAUAUUUAAAUUCCCCAUCGAUACAAAGUCUACUGUUUUUCACUGCGAGCACUUAUUUUAAAAUUAGUUUCGUGUGAUUUUGCUUUAUUUAUCAAUGUCGUAAGUUUGGGCCUAUUUCCAAAUGUCAUCUUGUCCAUUUGACGUGUUUCCUGAAACUAAUAUUAUAAAUAUGCCACAGAUUUAUUUGACCGAAAGAACAGUCCUGCUCUGCUCUUGACAUCUUUCGAAAUCUGACGAGACACUGUUAUUGAUCUGUCCGAAUUCCAGUCGGACUUUUUUUCUGUAUCAGUAAUUUCCUGAGACAAACGAGGGAGUGAUUUCCGAUGUGUACGCAUUUGCUGUACAUCACACCUUUGUUUUCGCUCUGUUUAUGACUACCUUCUUGUGAGGUGGCUAUUUUUUUCUUUCCGGAUUUUUCAGAAUGGAGUGUGGCACGGGCGAUCGUAAAGUACCAUUCGCUACUUUUUCCCUAGCUACAAUAUUUGUCGUUUUACAAACAACCAUCGAUAGAGGCUUCAUGGUACAUUGAUCUCUGUUGCGUGUGAAAAUUAUUAUGCAAGGGUACUGUUUGACGGAAAAGUAUAUUGGUGGAUUACUGAGUCUCACUCAAUUUGCCUAGCGAAAUGGUGUGUAAAUCACUAAAUGUAAAAAGUUCUUUAUUAUGCAAAUAUCGAUUACGUUUAUUGCAUAUAUGAUUCUCAGCAGGAAUAUACUUUAAGUCGUGAGAUGAAACAGUAUUUUACUGUUCUCUUGAUCUGUAAUCUAAUCAUUUGAAUUUUCAUUACCUGGGUGGUUAAAACUUUUUUUAAUUGGAAGCAAAAAUUUUCCGCGCGCGAACAUGAUCUUCGUUCAUUUGUUUUUAUAACCCUAAAAUUCGCGUUGUGUAAAUAUGGCGCGAAGCAUUGUUUACAAAAUAUAUCUUCUGUUGAUUUAGCAAGGUAUUCGCAGAAAAUUGUCUGUUAGUUUUCCUUCCCUGUAAAGCGUCCCUGCUUUAGUGGACUUUGGCUAAACUAAAAUUGAGUUCAACCAAAAGCCCUUUUUCAUUCAAAAAAGACCAUUAAAUAUAUUUGACAAAAAAAAUGAUUACAUAACUUAUACUGUAAGUUUUUUUCCGACAUAUACGUUUCAACGGAGGAAUCAGCCACUAGAUAAAGACUUAAUCAUAAACUCCUAGUCGAUCUUUCAUAGAGAUUGCUUCUUCUUUCGAGGAACGUUUAUGAUUUAUUUGGAAUUUGAAACGAAGUUGUCUUCAAAUUGAUUGAGAAAUAUAGUAAUUGUGGAUUUCUUUAGAAACCUUUGGUAAUCUGCAAUUAGUACAUCAUUUGCAUUUGUAUAUUCUGAUGUCUUUUUUCAUUCCAUUAGUCAGAAUCUAUUAAAAGCACUGCAGCUUUAGAACAAAUGUCUUUGCCACCCAACGAACUCCUUUUCUCAUUUCUGUAUCAUUUUUGCUCUGUUCUGAUGAAGUACAGUUUUUGCAUGUUAAUUUUUAAGCCUUGUGCAAAGCUAAGUACACAACAAUUUAAAUUUAAUGCCAAUGGAGAGAUUAAACCUUUAAUCCCUAAGAGUGAUUAGCUUCCAAUUUCUCUCUUCAGUAUCACUGUUGAUCCAAACGUUAAAGACCAGAGAAGUCCCUGAUUUUUGAACAAGUUUUCCUUGUUAUUACCUUAUGAAAUAUGUAGAGAACAGAAUGGAGAAUGAACAUACUGAUGUUAUGGUGUAAAGGGCUAAAGAACAAUCCCUCUCAACCAAACUUGCCAGGACUGGCUAUUUCUGAGAAACCACAAAUAUUUCAGAAAAGACUGCUCAAAACAAAAAUUGACUGAGUACGAAUGUUUUCUUCAAAUGUUGAGUGACUAUAAUUUAAUGGCUUUUAAGGGUUAUUCCUAAAAGGCUAGUGCUCUUUUGCUGCUUAAAAAUCCAGGUUUUAUGAGCUUCAAGUGUUAAAGAACAAUUCCUUUCAACAAAACUUGCCAGGGCUGGUUAUUUCUGAGAAACCACAGAUCUUUCAGAAAAGACUGCUCAAAGCAAAAAUAGACUGAGUACGAAUGUGUUCUUCAAAUCCGAAUAUCUUUGGUAAGGCAGUUGUAUUCAUGAUUUUAUCCUUGAAAUGUUGAUUGACUAUAAUUUAAUGGCUUUUAAGGGUUAUUCCUAAAAGGGUAGAACUCUUUUGCUGCCUAAAAAUCCAGGUUUUAUGUGCUUCAAGUGAAUCAAUUUGGGCAGAGUGUUUUGUUUGUAACCAAGGAAUUUGUAGACAUGAUAUUGAAUUUUGGGCUCCUUUCAUGAAUCUGCAAGAUAUCAAGAUAUAGUUUUAAUUAAAACGCAAUGAAUAUUUAAGUAAAAAUAUUUAGAUAAGAAUUUGUGACUGUGAAAGGCAAAACAGACACUAACAGUUAUCCAUUCGAAGGGGUAAACCGUUUGUUAUCCGUUCUUCAUCUGUUCGCACGCCUAAAAAAAUCAGUUCAAAGCGUUUGACAAACUGUUUGAAUGGCUUGCAUAUCCAUUCGAAAUACAUUAGCAUUUUUUUGUUGCAUGUUGAUUAGAAAGGCUGGAAAACUUGUUUAUUUUUUCAUUUUUCGACUUUUUUGAAUAGCAAGCUACCAUGCUGUACUCCAUACAGAUCAUUUUUUUAUCAAAAAAUUUUCUGAGCCAUGGAAGAGAAAUUUGGAUUUACUUUUAGUGUAGCACCUGCUUGGUUAUUGUACAAUUCUGAUUAAAUUUUAUUUUUUGUGCCGAGCAAUUACCUGGUAUGUUGGACACUCAUUUACACAUGUAAACUACUAAGCUAGAGGUUUUGAUUGAUAAAUUUUUCACUGGCAAAUUACUUUUUGAUUAUUAAGUGUCCAAGUAGGCAAUACUGUUUAUGUAAAUUAUAUAUUUUUUUACAGUCUGACUCGGAGCUUGAUAACAGCGCAGAGUUGAAUGCAGAAGUUUUUUCAUCACUGCCAAGAAAUUUCAGGCUUAAUCGAUCAAGACUCUCAGAUGACUUUGCAGAAACAAGAUCCAAGAGGAGAGAGAGUUUUGGUUUUCCAUCUGCACGGCUUGAUGAGACAUCGAACUUGAUCCGCAUGAGGGCUAAUCCUUCAUUAGGGAGUUCAGAACCCAACCUCUCAGGCAGUUGUGUAAGUUGAAGUCAACUGAAAUACAUCUUUUGUAACCUAAUUUUUCCUUCUUCCUUUUUUUUAUUAAAUAACAAAACAAAAGGAUUUGGGAAAGGGUUUUUUAUGUGGUGGGAAUAACUUUUUUGACAUUUGUUUGUAUUCUGAUUGUGGGUUUUUUUUUUUUUUUUUUUUUUUUUUUUCAGUGAUAAAGCAUAAGCAUAUGAAUAUUUUUUAUUUCAAUUUAUUAUUUUUAGGUUUUUGUUCUUUUGUUUUUUGUAAAUAGUGAGCAUGACUUCAUUAAAUAGAAAAGUUGUUUCCACUUGUAUGAACAUCAUGUAGGUAUACUCAUUUGCCUACAGAUGGUUUUUUCAUUCAGACUUUUCUCAGUCAGAUAUCGCUAAGGGUUUAGGGUUUUGGCUACUUUACAAUUGCCGACAAGCUUUCAAUCACUUGAUAUUAGAAUAUGCCAGAAAAUUCUGUUGUAAUUGCAGUCAAGUGUUGUUACUACAUACAAGGUGCAGCUGUUGAUGAAGACAUUUGAUAUCAACUUUGAUUGUGAUCCCAGUUUUCCAUAAAUCUCGGGUUAUAGUAGCCUUUUACUCUUAAGAUUAAGUUGUAUUAGUUCUCCUUUUUCACCAACCAUAUAUUUUCUUCAACAUUAUUAUAUUUGUGUGAAAUUUUAUUGUUACGCUGUAUAUAUCAAGAAUGUGCAAAAUGGCAUCAGAAAUGUAAGAACUCUCUAGCUUUUAGCAGCAGGACUCUCUGGCUUAAUUUUAAUGGCCUGGACAACUUCACCCCCUUGAAGAUGAGAAACGUCAAAUUGACCUUAAGGAUCAAGAUUUUUCUGACCUUAUUCCAAUCACGUCUUGUUUUGGCAUUGCGCAAACAAAAGACAUCUUUUCUUUCUUGUCAAUAAAUAAUUUUGUCUCAUAUUUUUCAUGCUGUUUGCUCCUGACAUAAAUAUUGAUUCUCUGUAUUGUCUGUCAUCCAUUUCUAUAAUUCAAGCUCUGAGAAGUUGAUUUUAAAUUGUAAAACAUUCACUUCUUGAUAAUUUUAUGUCCUCUCGUUACUGUUUUGCUUGAAAGUGUACUGAUAGUGUAAGGAGAAAUUUCCUUUUGAUCACCCAACGGAAGGAUUGAGCUAACUCCUGUGGUAAGAAAUGUCAUCCAAUUAAUCUCUUGUUUAUUUUGUACAUUUUCAGAGUGACAUAAGCCGGAGACCAAGGUAUUACUUCCAUGUACAUAUUAAUUCAAUUCAUUUGUAGUUAGAUAGCAGCAAACAACAAAUGAAUUUUAAAAAGACAAGACAUAUAUACAUACACAUGGAUUUCUCUUAUUUUCUAGGUUUGUUCAAAUCUUGCAGUAAGGUUUUUGGACAGAUUGUGUAGUUUUAUCAACAUCCUGUUGUGUGCACAUAAUUUUAAAGAGUGCUUUUUAUUACACUGAUGUAUAUUUUCUUGUGACGUAAGAAAUCACGUGAUUUUCCAAUGAUCUCAAACUCACUGAAUGUUAUUUUACAAGCAUUGUUCAAGUUAUGUAGUUUUUUUUUUCUUGGAGCAAGGGGAAAUACUUUGCUUCUCCUUUGCAUCAAUGUGCUGCAAAAUUUAUUUGCAAAAGAAACUUGUCCGUGUUAGAGUUCAUGUCAAGUAGGCUUAAUGUGUAUUGGAUCCAUUUAGCUAUCAUUUCCUUUCAAAUGUAUUUCCCAUUUACAUUUACCAGGUGACUCUUAUAGGCGAAUAGUAGGAAUUAUGUAGGCACUCUCCUGGGACACAUUUCUUUUUAUUGGGCAAUCAUGCUUGUUAGAUGAGAUAAUUCUAUGCUGCUUUUCUUGGUCAUUUUUUUUUAAAGUGCAAUUUACAUACAUGUUAAAAAAUUUUAAAAGCUACAAUAUUUAUAUGUACAUGUCUGUCUGUCUUUUUUGCCCGAAGCACUUUUGAAAAUUAAGUUUUUUAGUGGCCAAAUCUACAUUGGUCUGAAGAGGGCUUUGUUAUUGUGUAAAACCUUUCUGACCAGUGGUUAUUGUCAAAGUGUUUUAAUUGAUCUUUUAUCAAGUAUCAGGUUGGUGUCAUAUGUUAAUUUUGAUCAAAGUGAAACUGAAUUGUGAUGUUAGCAAAUUGCUGAAUGGAAUAUCUAUUGUGCAGAGAGAUUCUUUGUAUUUCAUUUCUUUGGGGUUUUGUAUAUUCUUUUAGCUUGAUGAAGCAGCUUUUUUAAAGAAUCAUUGUCUUCAUAAAUUUCUUUGUAAUUGCAUUCUAUAUUCUGUCAAAAUUUUGAAACUGAAAAACGUAUCUAGCAAUAUGAUGGAAAACUGCAUGGCUAUCUCUGGAAGGUCAGUGGUUUAAUUUCUUAGAUCUGUUUUUCCUAUAUUGUGACAUAAUGAACAGUAUAUGAUAAGCUUUGUAAGGAUGGAAAAGCAGAUGUUUGUAAAGGCUGGUGAAUAUUGUUUUCAAUCUUUAGCCAGCACAUUUGGAUCACAUUUCAUUUUAUUACAUUGAAAACUGAACAUGUAACAUAUAACAUUAUUGAACUUGUACAGUGCUAUGUAUUGCAUUUUUGUAAAUAGAAAAUUAUUACUAACAGAAUAAUCACAUGUUUCAUUGUUCAUGUAAUAUGCUGAAUUGGAAUAUUGAUUACACUUCAGGAUGUGAAAGGCACAUUUUUCACUUUUUAAUUUUGAAUGAGAAUGAGACAGUAUUCUUUAAAGACACCUCAUGUAACAAACAUUGUGCCACAUAACUUUCUGAUUGAACAAAUGUAUCCAUCAAAUGGACGUGAGCAAGAGAAGCCUGAAAUUAUAUACAAUUUAUAGGUAUGUUAUGGUUUAAAAUUUCCUCUGUGAAUUUUUUUUUUUUUAACCAACUUUAUUAUUGAUGUUUGCAUUCAUUUUAAUGUCGCACAAAUUUUUUUCCUUGCCAACCAAAAAGACAAGAAAAAUGUUAACUUUGAGACAUAUUAAAAUUUUUUCAAAUCCAUUGUUCUAAACAAAGGCUCAGCUGUCUUUCAAUAUAUGGCCUAUAUAUUCAAAAUAGUUCUCAAUCUGUAAAUGUGUGUUGCUUGGUAAUUGCUUGAUAAUUUAAAGUGAUUCUUUGUUUCAAACAAAGGUUAAAAUUGAUGAGGUAUUGUACUGUGGUGAAUUUUACAUAAUUGAAUAAUUUGUAUUGUAGGGGCAAUUAUCUUGUAAUAUCUCCAAUCUAUUCUGCUAUUUUCCUGAUGGUCAAAAACAUCAUUACAAUUUCCCUGCACUCAGAUUUUUUUUCUCCUUUCAAAUAAUUUUUUUUGCCUCGUUUUACUGCUUCAACAAGGAAUUUUCUCUUCUGAAUUUUGAACCUUAAGUUUGCUUAGCAUUGCAGUGGCAAUUGCAAUUAUUAUGGGUUUCUUUUUGAUUAGAUAACAAUAAAAAUUUUUACAUACCAGACUAGACGUCUAUACUCCAAUUCUUCUUUUGAAUUUCUUUGUGUACAAUUUUUCUCAAGAUAACAUGUGAAUGUGCUCAUUGCACAAUUUUCUUGAUAUCAUACUGUGUCUUAAACACUUCAUUUUUUUCAUAAAUAUGUUGAAUAGGUUGUUAUUAAUUCCAAAAUAUCAAAGCUAAGUGAUUAUUGUAUCUGAUUGUUACCUUUCAAAGUAAUUUCAUCAGUGGUUGAUUAUGUUAUCACAACUUAAGGCUUUGUUCAAUAUUAUCUUGUAAAUUUUGAAGGAUUAUUUGAAUUUUAAUUAAAUUUUGAGGCAAAAUAACAUAUUUAGAUUUUUCCAUCAAACAACAAAAUUGUUAUUUAUCAAAAGACAAAUUAUUGUGGCAGAAAUGUGUAGUAGGAAGAUAGAAGUAUUUGUGAUUUGAAAUUUCUGCUUUCUGAAGAAAAAGAAAAUGGUCCUGGACAGAUAAAUUAAGUGUGGUUUAUUGUUAUUAUUUGAGGCCUUAAAUGAAUUAGGCAUUGUUUCAAAUGCCUGGAAGUCUAGAUACAUGUAAUAUUAACAAGAAAACUGCUAUUUCUUGAAGUCAGCAAUGUUUUCAGUCCUAGAAUUGCAUAUUUAGGCCAACUAUUUACAUUCUCACAUUUGAUGAGAAGAUUUUAUUAGUGAAGUGAUUCCAUAGAAAUGUGUCGUAUCUGUGCAAGUUUUUGUUGUGCUCUGGCUGAUAACUGUAUGAAAUAAUUGUGUCUUUUGAGACAAGUUAUUUAAUCAACAUGUGUCCUGACAAAUUGCAAAUACCUUUGUGAGUAUGGUGCACUUUGACUUCUGCUGUAAAUACACAUAUAUAUGGUUGCAAUUAGGAAAGCUACAUUUUUAUUGAUAUUCAUUCGUUUGGUAGAUGAAUAUAUAAUAUGUUAUGUGGAGUUUAAAUUUAAACAUCUUCAUGAGGCAAAACUGUUAAGUUGCAUUACAUUGUUUGGAAACCAGUCAGAGAAUUCCCUGGUAUGUUAACAUCAGUGUUUUGUUUUGUUUUUUUUUUUAGCUCCUUCAAUGCUGGAUCUCGCAAAGCUGGUAGAAGUUACACCACAGCAAGCUCCAUGCCAUCCACAAACUCUGGCAGACCAUACUCGCCAUUUUCAUCAUCAUUUACUCAUGGUAAGUGCCAACAUCAUGCCAUUGUUUUGGGGACUAACCUAAAAUGAACUAAAAUGCCAUUCAAGAGGAGUAUCAGUACUCAUAGUCUUUAGGGACAAACUUAACCCUUUAAGUCCCACUAGUGACUUAGACAGAAUUUUUCCUUACAUUAUCAGUAUGAUAUCAUGCAGACAGGUAAUGAGAAUAAAGAAAAAUAUCAAUUAGGGGAUUAUUGGUUGAUCCAAUUCCAUAUUCUCCAAACUAUCAUCACAUAAAUUGUAUGGCGGACUGUAGGGAGAAUUACUCAUGAAAUCUUGGGAGUUAAAGGUUAAAGUUGUCUGUAGACUUCACCUUUUCCUGCAGUGUACCAUCCAAUCGAAGCACAUGAUAACUUAGAAGUGGUGAUAUUGAUACACUGUGUGUUUUUGCUUUGUUUUUUUUUGUAGGUUCUGACAGUCCAGUUGGCAGUCCUAGCUUUCAUACAUCUUCCAGCAAUACCUCCUCAGGAGCACAUUUUGCAUUUUCAAAUAUCAGAAAGUAAGCAACAUGUUUUUGUGGAUCAUUGGAUAGAUUUCAAAUCAUCAAUUUGUAGAAGAGGCUCAAAUUUUUGUCUAGUUGAGGAGGUGCUUUCUGACACAACAUCCAAUCCUCCCAGUGUUUCACAAGGAAAUGCAAGAAAAUUUGAAUAGAGAAUUUAGUAGUUUAUCAGAUGUCAGUUGGAGUGUUUCCCAUUCUCCCCUCAAUUAUUAGGCCAACUUGGCUGAGAAAGACUAAGUGAAAAUUUCAGCAACAUGGAAGUAUGUUUACUGGGCAACCAGAGAAAGUGGCUUGGCUGCUAGUAAAAAAAUAGCGGCCUGUGACUUUUUACAUACAUAUGAUGUAUGUACAUAUAAUUUAUUAAUGUGAGUUCAUACUUAGCUAAGUAGCUAUUUUACAAGUAAACUCACAAAUCAUACAAGUAGGUAAAUAAUUAACUACAUGUAUAAAUAAAACAAUUACAAUUGAUUUGGUUUAAUAUUUUUUUUCUUUGCUGUGCUGUAACUCCAACAGAGACAUGGCUGGAAGGCGCUGGUCUGUUGCAUCAUUGACAUCAUCAUCAGGAUAUGGAACACACACUCCUUGUUCAUCGUCCUACUCUGUAUGUAUUACAAUUCAGUAAUUGCUUACUACAGUGACAAAGCCAUUGCAAUUUCCAGCAGCCUCAGAUUUUACUCACAGUCUAUUACUGGGAAUUCUUAUGUUAAUAGAGAAACAUGCUCCAGAAACCAUUUAGAAGUAAAAACCUUCCCCUCAUGGGGACUCAGAAUUUUUUCUUGGUUCCACUCUUGUGACAAGAUGAAAAAACAUCUUUCUUAAUUCUUUACCGAGCUCAAAACUUACCAUCUCUACUAUUUCUAUCUAAAAAAACAUUCCACUAUCGACAUCGCUGAUCCUAGCAGUAUGCAGGAUGCGUGUCAUUUGAACUUCGUAAUAGACCUCGCUCACUGUAGGGUCUCUGUGUUCCAUGGUAGAGCAUCAGAGUGCAAAUCCUAAGGUCUGAGGUUCAAUUCCUCAUGGCGACUCAGAAUUUUUUUUUGUCCCACGCUCGGGACAAAAUGAGAAAACAUCUUUCUUAGUAAAUUAAUUGUUUUACAUGAUUUGAGAUUUCAUUGUGAAACACGUUAUCUGUUAGUGCCAUCAAAGAAAAAUAAUGUUAGCCACACAAAUUAUAAAUUACCUAUUGUAGAAACCUAUUGAUUGUGUAAACUUGUGGGACGCGCAUGUGGUUUUUGCUCAUUUUUGCAUUAAACAUUUUUACUUUGUUUUAUAGUCACUGGCUUCAUCACAAGAAAAACUUCAUCAGGUGGGUACUACUGCUAAAUUCCAUUUUAUUAAUUUUAUUUCCAUUUCAGCAUUUUAUUGUAUUAAGCCUUUAACCCCCAGAAGUAGUUAAAACGCUUCUUUUCCAUGUAAUAUCCGUACCAUAUACAGCAAAGGACAAUGAGAAUACUCAAACUUAUCAGGUACAGGGUUAUCUUGAUCUGACACCAAAUUCUCAUAACUAAGUUACAGAGAAAUGGGUAGCAGCUAGAUAUGAGAAUUAGCAAUCAUAUCUUGUGAGUAAAAGGGUUAACAUGAAUUUCUAUAUUGUCACAGUUGCAGAUAGGAUUGCCGUAUAGUGAUGAGUACAACUAUGGAGCACACUUUAGGUAACUUAGGAGUGAUAAGCUUCUAAAUUCUCCUUACAGAAUCACUGCUGAAUCAAAAAAUAAGGUCAUGAGAAAGAAAGGAAAUGAUCUCCAACAUAUAAAGCUCUUGAAUGUCAGACAAAUUCUCCUCGUCAGUGCCAUGUGAGAUGUAUAGAGAACAGUGUGAAGAAUGUGCAUAAUGAUGUCAGGAUCUAAAGACUAUGUUUUUUCAGCACGAUUUUGAACUCUUGAUAUUUCUAAAUAAAACAAAAUUUAUUAAAUCUAUAUAUUUAAAAGAAAAAAACUAUGGUGUCAUUAUUAUCUGAGGCCAAUGAUCUUGGAACGGGCUUCCGUAGAAUAUCUAGCGAAGACUCGAACACUUUCGUGGAAAUUGACAAAUUUUAAUUUUUUUUUUCUGAAGUGCUGACAGCGACCAGGAAGAGGAUACUGGAGGUCGCAGAUCACCCAAACCACGACAAAGGUCACGAAGUCUGAGGUGGGUAACCUGUGUUCUUUUUUAUUUAGAUGAAAAUGAAUGUCCCUUGAAAUUUGAAAGAUCUAGGGUCGUGUUGAGACUCAAGACGUUUGAGAUCUUUCGAUAACCUUUUUGGAGAAUUAAAUCAUUUAUCGGAGGAAAACUCCUUGCGCGUGUCGAAAUCCGAUUCUCGAUUUGCAAUCCUUGCUUCUUUUGAGAAUCGAGGAUUAAGUUGAGAGGGAAUGUAAGGAGAAGUUACAAUUUAAUCAUUACAGAUAUGUGUUGUGUUUUGCAGUCCUGGAAGAUCUCCCCUCAUCCAUGAAGAUGAACUGCAGCUGUUGAAUAAUCUGUACAGAGAGCGAUUUCCUAAGGUGAGGUUAUUGUUACAAGUCAGCUAAUGGCUUUGUAGUAUUGAUUAAAGUUAUAUCAUUUGUCAUUGUUUUAUCACUUCCGUUGUGGAUUGCAACGCCUCGACUGCACACUGCAGCAUGUAGUCCUCUCCGUUCGAUGAUGUCGACUUGAUAUGCGUCACCUCGUGUAGUAACAAGCUGAUUGGCUGGAUUUCAAUAGCUAUGAUUGGUGCAUCACGGGGAUGUGUUCCCGCGGAGGUUGUCCAUCAAAUGGCUUUCUUGUUGUUGUUUCUUGUUGUUGUGUAACCCACCGUCAGCUGAUGUUUCAAUUGAGUUAUAUUUAAUCCUCUUUGUACAAUUUUACAGGCCAUAACACAAAUGGAAGAGAAUCUUAGUGUAAGUGCAGUCAUUUUAUGGCCCAUUUAUUUUGUCUUGUUUUUUUUUUUUCCGAGGUUUGGAGCGCCGCUCCCUUUGUGAUGGUUUGUUUGAUUGUUGUUGUUUUUUUUUUUCUAGGAGCUGAUAGAAGAAUACGCAGAAGAGGGAACACUGAACCAUCAUAGCUGCGACGCAGUUUUGAACUUUGUCUGGAAUCAGGUAUAAUUUUGCUGCCGUUUUAUUCCAUGUAUUUCGAAGGUGUAGGAUACACGGGCAGCGAUGUGGACUCUGACUCCGAAAUCAAAGGCUCAUUUUCAGGCUCUGGUCGUGUCAUUGUGUUGUGUUCUUGAGCAAAACACUUAACUAUCAGUGUCUCUCUCCACCCAGGGUAUAAAUGGGCACCAGUAAAAUGUUGGGGUCGGGAGGGGUGGGUGCGAGCUAUUUAUACUGUCCCUUGCGAGCGGGAAUUCACACGAUAGAGUGAAGUCCCACCAUGUGUCUGCUCCCUCGCGCGGUUCUCUCAUGGUUCUCUUGCGGUUCUCGGUUUAAUCUAAUUGAUCUCAAACUUCGUUUCAGGUUCUUGAAGCAGCUCGCGAUCUUCUCAAACAGUCCCAAGAUAGUGCUCUCACAAGUUUGUACUUUUAUGACCUGUCUGAUAAGCUAGAGCGGCUGCUUAUCGAGGUAGGCCAUCGUUUCAGAUAUGUUUGAACGUUAUCUCAUCAUUCGCAUUUUCGUUAUCGACAUUGACAUCGACAUCAUCAUUAUUGUUAUUCUCGUUGUUGUUGUAGUCUUUCUUUGUGUAAGACUUCAUGUUUUCAUACAACUCAACGUCCAUGUUUUCUUACAGGCACAUCAAAAAACAAACCUGGAUAUUUCCCCGGUGAAGAGACUUGUGAGGAAGUUGCUUAUGAUCAUGUCAAGACCAGCUCGGCUAUUGGAAUGUCUGGUAAAUUAAUUUAAUUUUCUUUGGUAAAUCAGCCACUAAACAAACGAUGCAGAGAAAGAAAUGGUAACGGAAGGAAAUAAUUUCUGACAGAUUAGCAGAUUGACAGAAGGAAUGGUAGUUAGACAGUCAAUGAAACAGACAGACAGACAGACAGACCGACAGACCGACAGGCAGUGAGACAGGCAAACAGACAGACAGACAGACGGACAGUGAAAAAGACCGACAGUCUGAAGUAAAGAUAAAGUGACAGAUAUGCAGACAGACAUAAAGUGAGACAGUCUGACAGAGACGGACAGACAGACAGCCAGUCAAACAAACAGACAGUCAGACUGUUUUGAUCCUGAUAAUUUUAAUGUGAGAACAUUUCAGACAUAUCAUUUCUCCAACGAAUGUUUCUUCUCUUCUGAUUAGAAUCUUCGCUUGCAUUUUAGGAAUUUAGCCCUGAAAAUUUCUACAACCUACUUGAAGAAGAAGGACGAGAGCUGGAGAGGGUCACCGACAAGGCAGAUAUCACUAGCUACGUGAAACUCAAGUUAGGACUGGGACAAACUGAAGAUAACCGCCCAGACUUGCCAGAGGACCCAGAACCUGAGUCACCAUUGGUAAGAAUCUCCAUCUUCCUCUUUCAUUUUAAAUGAACUGAAGUUCAUCAUUCCUUGAUUCGUAAGUUCUUUCCUUCCUCCUUGUCAUCCUGUGUUGGGCUCUUUCAGUUCAAUUUGUUCCCUCUCUGUAGGUGUCUUCUUCCUUCUCUUGUUCUGAUUAACCCAAUCAGUCGGUUUUCUGGCACUUUCUGUAUUGAAUUAGUCCUGUGUCAUGGUGGUAAAUCUAUUUAGGUGUAUUGUUAUUUUGGAUACAGUGCACUAAUCUCCAUUUGUAUGAUUUCAUUCUUGUUAGAAAUCUGCCAGUCCUAACUCGACAGUAGGAGAAAUGCCAACAGAGGAAGACUUUGAAAUCAUCAAACUCAUAAGCAACGGUGCUUACGGGUAAGACCACAACACCGGAAACUACGUUCUCUAUCUACUCUUUGCGAGAAGUGCGUGGGUUCUGUAACGUCCCCUGCUAGCCAGAAAAGAGAAGAUGCAGAAGACGGAGCUUGCGGUUUAUCGUUCUAAUCCGAAAAGACAAGGAUGUGUAACCAUUUGUAGAUGUCAAAGCAAAGGCAGCGUAUUCUACCCAGUUAUUUUAAGACCCUGAGUGUUGGUCCGGUCUCGACCUUGAACCCACGUCCUUCUACAGGGCAGACCGGCAAUCGACAACCUAAGCCCACCCUGCCCCCAUAUUUAUCCACCUCAUGCACCGAUAGGUUUUCCUUUGCAUCAGGUUGGUUGUUACUGUAGGAAGGGGAGAGCUAAUAAAUGCGGCGAUGGUUGUUUGACUCAAUAUUUUUUCUUCUUGAAUUACAGUGCUGUUUACUUAGUACGACACAAACAGACUCAAAUGAGAUUUGCGAUGAAGAAGAUGAACAAGCAACUUAUGCUGCACAGAAAUCAAGUUCAACAAGUGUUCGCAGAAAGAGACAUUCUGACCUUCGCCGAGAAUCCGUUUGUGGUUGGAAUGUGGUGCAGUUUUGAGACGAAGAAACAUCUUUGUAUGGUGUUGGAAUAUGUCGAGGGAGGAGACUGUGCAUCGCUUUUGAAAAACAGCGGACCGCUUCCCAUGGAUCUCGCCAGGUAAACUGCUUUUCAGUAAUUCUCUGGUAAAGGGUAAAAAAAAAAAAAAAUAGCGAUUUUUUAACCGAGUGUGGAAAGUACUUUCAGAUUUUAUCGGUUUUGCUUCAUCUGGCUCAAUGAUUGGUCUAGAAAACGUGCGUCAUCCUCUCAACCAAUGAAAUACAAGGGUAAAAUCAAUUGCGACUUUUUUGUUAAACUUGCAAAGAAUGCGAAACUUAAAGUUCUGAGGGAAUUGAAUAUGCUGGCCUUAUUCAAGUAGAACUGCACGAACCAUACCCUAACGAUUGCACAAAAAAUCCAGUUACUUAGUGACUUUGUGUUUUUUUUUUAUCAUCAGAGCCUACGUAGCUGAGACCUUAUUAGCCGUGGAGUAUUUGCAUAGCUAUGGCGUCAUUCAUCGGGAUCUUAAACCUGACAAGUAAGUGUUGAUAAAAAUGUCUCUGUUCAUUUAUUCUUUAGUUCGUUCUUUCAUUUGCACAAGCAGAAGUGUUUCGUCGCUCGCGGGAAAGUCUGAGACCUUAAGCAAUGCUAGCUGGCCAAAGGUCGAUAAGGUAUCUAGUGCCAGACCCCGGCAAAGCCCCGACUCGUUCCGAAUCUUCCCGCGGACGGAGGAACGCGCUUGCUUCCAAUUUUUCACCCUUUUCUUUAUCUAUGCACGCAUUUAUCUUUUUUUUUAAUCUUUUAUUUGUUGUCUGAAUUUGACUUCCUUUGUGAUUUUUUUCUCUCCAGUCUUUUAAUAACAUCACUGGGUCAUAUAAAACUCACAGACUUUGGAUUAUCUAAGAUUGGACUUAUGAACAGUAAGUACUCGUUUUUUCCAUUUGUUUUCAUUGUACUGUUUCGCGUUUCCAGGGCUUUAUUUGGAACCCUUUUGAUCCAGAGUCCUUUGUACCCCAUAUCAGUUUGCAUAUUCUCCAUACUGUUCUCUAUACUUCUCUGACAGGGCGUGAAAUUAACUUUUUUUUUCUGAUAGCUACUUGGCUCCUAAAUUCUUCAAAGUGGUAGCCAAUUCAAAAAAAGUUGGUCGCCAUUUUCAAAGACAAACAAAAUCUUUCUUUACGCUGUCAGCGUUCUAGAUAGACCCUCCAAAAUUAAGUUAGGGAAAAGAUCUUUAACGUGCUACAAAGUGGACACUAGGAUGGAAGAUAUACAACGUUCAGGCUCAUCUAAAUCCAAGAUGGCGUCUAGUUAUCGAUCGAGAUGCAUGUGCUACGUUUUGGAAACAAACUUAACGAGGAAGUUUGCCGUGGAUUUAUCUUUGCAAAUCUUUUUUAAUUCACUAUAUCUCUUGGUAAGGUUAUGAUGAAACGUUCUAGUCGCCAAUUUGGCGACUAACUUUCAGGAUUUGGUCGCCAAAGUAAAAAAUUUAGUCGCAUUAGCGCCUGUAUUAGGCGCAAUUUCACGCCCUGUCUGAAGGUGCAGAUAAAGAGAAUUUGUGUAACAAUCAAGAGCCUCUUGAAUUCGCGAUCAUUUCCCUUAUUCUCGUGACCGUUGUGUUUGAUUCAGGGGUGAUAUUGUAAGGAGAAAUUAGAUGCUAGUCACUCUAAGGGAUCGAAAGGUUAAUCAACGGCGUCUCCCAUUCUUUCUUCGCUGACUUUCUCUCGUAUUUCUCUUCCAGGCACCACACAUAUGUAUGAACACUCACUCGCUCAAGAGACAAAACAGUUCACGGACCAGCAAGUUUUCGGUACCCCGGAUUAUCUGGCGCCUGAGGUCAUUCUCAGGCAAGGCUAUGGCAAGCCUGUGGAUUGGUGGUCCUUAGGGAUCAUCCUCUACGAGUUCCUCAUUGGAGUACCCCCCUUCUAUGGUGACACGCCCGAGGAGUUGUUCGCUGAUACUUUGAGCGGUGAGUGAGAAAAAAAAUCACAAUUUCACAUUGGAAUAUAGCGUAGAUCUUUUCUUCGUACAAAAUUGCCUUCUAGGUAACCUUCUAAUCUAGUCCGAGAGUGAUUUUCGGAGGUUUUCGUCUAAAUUCGGACGAUUCCGUCCGAUUUCUUACGAUUUCGUUCAAAUUCGGACGGUUCCGUCGGCAUUCGGACGGUUCUGUCUGAUUUUGCCCAGUCUUUCUGUUUUUCGGAUAGUUCCGUUCGACUUCGGAAGGCUUCGUCAGGUUUGGGAUGUUCCGUUCGUUUUCGGACGAUUCCUUCCGUCUUCGGACGUUUCCAGCCGGAGAGGAGAUUUAUCUCUGAUUAGAUUUUUAUAGUCUUUUCCUCCUCAUCAUUACAGGUGUCAUUGAAUGGCCAGGAGAAGACGAGGCCCCUCCGGAAGACGCGCGGGAUCUGGUAACGAAAUUACUAGAACAGGAUCCUAUAGCACGUCUGGGCACCGCAGGUAAGUGGUCCUGGGGUCGAUUUUAUGUACCAUAAUACCUUUGUCUUACAUUAACCUUUUUAAAUCGUGAGCUUUCAGCUGUAGCGCAUAUUUGUCGAACUCUACGCAAGUAGAGACUGUGAAUUAUCUUAUAUUUGCACUCAUGAUUUUGUCUGUGUCACUGUUCAUAGCCUAUAAACAAUUUUUACAUCAGUGUCGUCUUCCGCCUAUUGUUCGGCAAAUCUCCGUUGAAAUUCCCGACGAGUUUCCGAAUCAUUUUCGUCUGAUCUGAAAUAGUAAAAGUUACCCAAACAUUUCGUCGGUUGCGUCUCUUAUCAGGGAUUGUAAGAAUUUCGUCUAAAAUAUCCUUGACGUUUCUCGUGUAGCCCUUUCAUGAUGUAUUUUCUGGAAUGUUUUCUCUCUCUGUUCAGGUUCACACGAGGUGAGGGAACACAAUUUCUUUCUGGGCUUAAAUUGGACGGCGUUGCUGAGACAGAAAGCUGAAUUUAUACCUCAACUUGAUGGCGAGGACGACACAAGCUACUUCGAUAGUAAGUCAGACACAACGUUCUUGAAGAGUAAUUUUCAAAUGUCGUCGGAAAUGUGAUUGUUUAAGAAAAAUUGCACCAGCCUCUCGAUUUCUCAAAUGUAAACAUAAAGCUCCAAUGUGCUCUACAACCCCUGAAACGCUAUCGUGACAAGAUUCCAAUCAUUCCGCUCCUUGUUUCAGCUCGCACGGACCGCUACAAUCAUGAGUUGGAAACAGAUGACGACGAAGAAGAUGACGAAGAAUUCAGCAGCUUUUCAAACGAGUUCAGUAACUUCUCUACAUGUUCCCCCCGGUAUUCCCGCAUUUGUGGGUCACCGGUCCCAUCCCCGGUUACUUCUCCGGGUCCUUCGUCCCCCGUAUCCCCUAACAACCCUAAGAAGGCUUCAGACGCGAAAGACUCGGGUGAAGAAGUGUCGACUCCCCGAAGCGACCUGAGCUCGGAAAGUUCCCCACCGACUGUCCGAAAGAGGAGUCUGGAACGGAACCCGCCACUUAACGUUGAGAGCCGAGACAAUGACGAAGAUUUCCGAAGGCAACGAAGUGAUAGCGGCGUUGAUACCGAUCGUCCUUCCUAGUCGAACGACUUCGACAAAUAAGUAAGCUAUUUUUUGGGGGUUGUUUUUAUGCCUUUUUCUCCACGAGUAAACAAAGCAAUAAUUCAAGAGAUUAGUUUUUUGAUAUGGUGAUUUUAAGCUAAACUGUGGCGAUCAUUCUCUGAUUUUUUUUCAGUUCUUUAACCCCUCUGGAACGAGAUGUCAGCCCAUUUUCCCCACUAACCCCUCCCACCGUCCGAUUAAGGAAGAAAGCGUACUCAGAUUUGGCCCCAGUACCUAUCCCGCUGCUGUCAUUAUCGGCUGACGAGGAAAGCCCGACCAAACCCUCCGCAGCCGGCCUCACUGUGGAGACUGAGACCGCGGACAAAUAUCGGGUUCAGCGAACCCAUUCUCUUUCAUCUGUACCCAAGUUAGAGCUCUCGAGUAAGUUUAACUUCAUCAAUUCUCUCCAGUUACUUAUGUAUUUCUCUAAAGAGCCUUAGGUUUGCUCCAUCCUUCUCGUGAUUUUGUUUCACGCGCUUUUCCGCAUUUCGACAGUAUCCGACGAUGAAUAUCGCGCUUUAAGCCAACACAUACGAAGCCCUCCGGGUUCGCCUCUGUCCCGAACUCCCCCUCGUUCUCCGACCAGUCGCCGAAGAGCCAAGACACUGUCGCUCUGUCUUCGUCCGCCAAUCAUAAUCGAGAAAGGACCUCGUGGAUAUGGAUUCACUUUACAGGCUAUUCGUGUGUAUUUCGGAGAUACGAACUACUACAAAGUCCAUCACCUUGUGUCGGUAAGUUGGUGAUGUAAUCGAGCAAUGUCUCGUUGUGAAAGAUUUGUUUAUUCUGGUAACCUCCUUUUAGGAUGGACAGAUUGAAAGAGCGAACCUUGUAGUGAUGAUUUUUCCAAUGUUCUCUCUUUGGUAAAGGGUAAGGAAGCAUCAGACAUGAAAAUGUUUAAAUUUUUGAGUGAAAAGCCGAAUGACGAAACAUUUGUGACUGUAAGUGUUUCAAGUUUAAUAGACCAGCUUUGUUCAAAGAACGGAGCAGUUGCUGAAGUUUCAGGUGGAGAGUUUCGCAUGGCCAACAAGCCAUUGUUUUUUAACCUUCUCUUACGACCUAGAUGCGACUCUAGUUUUGAUAGGAAUUUUAUUUUUCUGUGUUUGUAGAAUGUGGACCAUGGCAGUGCUGCGUUUGAGUCAGGUCUUAGGCCUGGAGACUUGUUGACCCACGUGAACGAUGAGGUAAUUUUCGUGCGAAUGCUUUAUUUUGAUGUAACUGGUACAAAUGCUACAGAGACUCUAAUUGAGACUCGAGUUUUGCUAGGAAUUGUAAUAUUAGGGCCAUUUAUCGAGGAAAGGUAGCCGCGAUUGUCAAUAAAAGGCCAACUUACCUUGGAAACCAUUUAUUUGAUCGCUUUAGAGGCAGAGGACAGCGAUCAACUUUACUGGCAGUGCAGAUGUGAACCAAAUCUACGAGAACUCUGUCUAUCAUUUAAGCAGUAUUCUUGUAAAUGGUCGCGUUCGCGGGAUUUAUUUUUCUUAGUUUUGUCGUUCCAAUGGCCCCUUAAUAGCUUUGUCACGAAACGCUUACAGAGUUGCGUUACGCGGUCACAGCGGCUAUCAGGAAAGAGCCGCGUUGUGUUACUACUAAUUGAUUGUUUGAACUGCAAUGUUUUUAUUGAUGAAAUCUUUAACUGUUUUUGUUACUUCUUCGUCGGUUGAAACUCGGUAUUGCAACAGAAGCUUUAUUGCUCAAGUGAUCUUGACGUAAGUGGAUGAUGCAUUUUACUGGGAAAAGAGUCGCAUGCGAGCUUCUGUGGUCUACAGCCGUAUACCACAAUAGCUCUCUAUCAGUAUAGCAGGGCAAAUCCACAUCAAUCUCUGUAGACAACAGCAACAGUUGCUCUUGGAUGACCGAGUCCUUAGAUACAUUCUGAACGCAAUCUAGAACAUCCUGGAAGCAUAUAAUUAAAGUAUUCUGGUAGAAUUGCAUCAUAAUUACAUAACCUACUAGAAUGUUUUUAGUAGAAAGUUCCAUGGUAUGACAUCAGAACGUUGGAGCAUUCACGUUGCCGUGAAUAGACAUUAUAAGAAUUUCCAUUUUACAGUCACGUCACAUAAUACAUCAUGCUAUUUUAUUCGCAGUCGGUGAUGGGGCUCAGUCAUCGCCAAGUCAUUGAGCUUAUCCUUGGUGGUGGAACGAAAGUGAAACUCAGCGCUACGGAACUCGCCAAGACAUCCAUCAAAAGAGGAGGUCGGAAAAGGGUGCUGUCGGCCAGUAAACAAGUCCGAAAGAAGCUUCCUAUCAAACGCGGAAGAAAAGGAACUGCUUCUCAAAACCUUCCUUCUCCUGGUUCCGAAACGGCAGAUAAACAUCCGAAACAAAAACCGUUCUGGAAGCGGUUUGGCCGUCGAGCAAGUCUGUCGCCAGGAAGCAGCCUUCGGAGAACAAGUUCACUGAAGCGUGUGGUGUCUUCACCAGAUUCUCCUCGGCCGGCCUCACCCAAACUCACCUCGCACUCGUUUGAUUUUCGGGCGUUGUCGGAUCAGUCGUCAUCUUCUGUCGGUAGCAGUCCUGCAUCGUCACCAAGUUCGCCUUGCGCGCAUGGCCUAGGACGACCAGGUCAGUGCAAAAAAAAAUUUUUUUUUUAGGUCAAUAAGAAAUUGAGCUUUUUAAAUUCGCAAGGUCAGUUGUAUUUAUUGGGGCGUGAUGGGCAAAGGACUCUCGAUCUAAAGGUCCGGCCUCGACCUUUGGAUGGUGUCACUGUUCUCUCUUUUUGAGAGAUAAAUCAGUUAUGUUUCAGUAACCAGAUGGAACAACUUGGUCGCCAAAUAGUCCGAUUUGAACAACUCUUCGCCAUAAUGCGAAAUAUGACAGGGCGAGGAUUUCAAGAAGUUUUUUGGCAACACCGUAAACCGGGCUAAGUCCUGGAGGAUUUUUUAGCCACUCACAUGUAAGCAACCUAACCUAAUCUUUUCUCUUCUGUUAGGAACUCUACAAGGAAUUAUUCCAAAGCUGCGAGCGGUUCGUUCUCCAAGAAGAAAAUCAUCAGCGCACGUUCCCGUGUCACCCCUAGCAAGGACACCUUCGCCAACCUCAGUCUCCCCCUCUCAUUCUCACGCUCAUGGACACCAGCCUCGUAGCACGUCUCCUUUGACCCUUCGGGGGUCCCCUGCGUCACCACAUCUGGCUACAAUUACGCCCCAGACCUCCCCGAGGCCUGGCUCGCCUUUAUUAAGACGCGCCUUAUCUCCGGAUCAUUUUCAUCUCAGCAAACACGAUAAAAAGUCUGAAUUUCGCCGCAAGACAUCUCGUGAUGAGAGAUCUCUCGGGAGACAAGACAGUUUUGAGCGAAAAGGACGCCACCACCGCAGACAUGAUACGGUAUACCCAGCUGUACGUUGUGUUGUCGAACACGAAAGUCCCCUCGAACGUCCGCGAAGUGUUAGCUUGAACGAAACAAAAAGUCCAAACAAACUGGAACUUAAAUGCGAGCUACGAAGACAUUCCGAACAGCCACCGAAAAUAUUGUCAAAUCUUAAGCUUGAACCAAGAGGCAAUUCAGGAGAAAAGCUAGAUGAAACAGAUUUGGAUACGAGGUUUUGACGGCUGGCCGUUAAUUACCAAGAAUCGAACAAUGGUGAACUUCGAUGGAUCUCCUCGACUGGUUGGAGCAAUUUUCUGUGGUUUAUCUGUCGUAUUACGAAAUUGCAAUGGUUUUAUUUCACUUUACUCUGUGAUUGGUUGAAAAAAAAAAACUCGCGCCAACCUCUCAACCAUUCAGAUGCAAAACCUGAAUCAACUGUACCGUGGUCAAGUUCAAUUUUCCGCGCUUAAGUUAUUUUGGGUUCGGUUCACGACAAAAAAGUUCUCAAUACCAAAAGACAGACUGCCCUGUAGAUACUGUAAAUACCUGUAAAUAACUGAGAUAUGUACAUAGAUACAAAGACAGAUACAUUAUGUCAAUUAGUUAACUUAGAUGUUUUAUUGUGUAUGAGGUGACCAAAGUCUUGUUUCGUACACGUAACAACGUGGACAAAUUGAUAGGUACAUUGUAAAACUAUUGAGAAGCAGUCCUGCGAAAGGGGGUCAUAUACUCUUUCGUCAGAAUUUGCAUUCGUACCUUGGAUGAAAAUGUCGCGGUUUCGGCGUCAUGGGCUUUUCAAGGUUGUAACUAACAAUCCGGGAAGUUCAACCUCAUCCUCGUUGCUUUUUGGUUUCUCAAGUAAAUUAUUGACAUUUUUCUAUAUUGCUAAAUGAAUAUGUUUGUGUUUUCCUUCACAUUGAAGGUUAUUUUACGUAGCACAACAGACGACGAGCAAUUUUCAGUUGAGUGUCGAAAGUGAUUCGGGAUUGCUUUGUCUCUGGUUGACUCCGCUGUAUGAUUGGUUCAGAAUAUUCGCCCCACUCUCUUAACCAAUCAGAUUACAUACUGAAUCCUACCGCGACCACGUCACUUGUGUUUUCUCGUGCCUCAGGAAGUUUGCUUGUUUUUACUCUGUUCUUAUCGUUUCUUAGUGAUAUUUUUCUUUAUCCUGAUUGAACACAGAGUGCUUGAGUGGUUUUUUGUUUUCGACACUCAAUCGAAGAGCGCUGAAACAUUUCGACAAGUAAUUCAUUUACCUUUAGAUUACAGCGAAAACUCUCAGAGAAGAACCAGGAUUUUCAAAAUUUAAGUUUCCCUAACGAAUUAAGGUUAAUAGCUUGUUGGAUACGUCGUUGUUUGGUAGGAAAAAAGAUGGUUGUUCCAGGUUACUGCGAUUCAAAUUUACAUCGACUGUUUCCAGGUUCUUAUUUUUGAGUUUAUUCCAACUGGACAGUCCCGGUUUGAUGUAUAAGAGUUCGAAAGUUCUCGAAGAGUUUUGGAACAAACUCAUUAUUUUGUGUAACUAGUAUCAGGUGAAACAAGAGAGUUUAGAGGGAAUUGGCAUUUGCGAGAAAAGUAUUGUUACCGAUUGAAUAAUGUGAGGGCGUCUUUGUGAAAGUUUGAAGAUUUGUGCCUGAAGCAUGCAUGUGUGGCAUAUGAAGUAUGUGUGUUUGAGUGUGCGUGUUUACGCUUCGUUUCCGCUUGUGUACGUAUAUUUUUGUCCAAUCACAUAGAUUUGUGAUAACCGUGCGAGGGAAGCUGGUUUUCUCUCGAGUGCCAUAGCAAUACAAAUUCUUUCCAACCUCUCGUCGAGUUGCGCGUCCAGUGGCAUUGGCGUGGUAGAUCGUGAUAUGAGGGGCUAGAAAAGACACUUAUUUAAUUUUCAUUGAAUGAUUCUGAAUGGUGUAAAUGAUAAUAAGUGUAAUGAGUGAUAAUUAUGAAAAAGUGGAAAUAAACGAAGUAUAACGUAUUUUGCG